AUAGUAUAGUAUAACCUCGGAACCAUCGAUACUACCAUUGUGGCAGCAAGGUAUACGUAAAGGUAUAGUAAUCUUUUUAAAAGCUUGCAAAGGGCAAAGAAAUCAACYGUAAAAUUUAUUUCGAGGUUUUAUUAGAAAUCCUAGAACAAGCCAUGAUCUUUGUCCUGAAUGUUCUGUUUACACAGGGUGUGGUUUUAUAGCCCUUUUUGCUAACGAAAGUCUCAUGCAGCCCUCCUAGAGUAAAAACACUAAAUGUGUGCAACAAAAUCACUAAGUAAUGUUAUCUUAUGCUAAUUCUAUUGUUUUCUCUUGUUUAAUUAGUGCUAUUUUCUACUAAAUAGUGAUAACUAUUGCACACAUUUAGUUUUUGUACUCUACUUUAGCACGUUAGACAUGCUAGUUUACUUAAUUUUCAAAUUUAAGCCCCCCUCCCACUACCUUCUAGAGUACUUCACAGUCAUUAAUAUCUGAAGCUUUAUUAAGCCUUUAGGGUUAUUUAUUGCAGGCAGGCAUGGCACAGCCUUCUUAAAAAGGGAGAUAGGGGUCUUAUAAACAAAUAACCAUKUGUCAUAGAUAACCCAGCAAACUCAAGCCUUAUAGCCAUAUUAAACCAUAAAUGUUUUGAAACCCUACAUCUAUGUUGUCUAUGUUUAUAUUUUGCAUUGUAACAUAUUUCUGUUUUUUUUGUUGUUGUUGUUGCAAAGUACAUAGUUUGUUUAUCAGAAGAGAUGAAUCAUCAAGAAGAUCAGAGUGGUAGUGUGUGCAACUUAGAUAAGAAACCUUUUGACAAGCACAAUGAUGAUGAUGAAGGUGAUGAUGAUGAUGGAAGCUAUAAGCAGGAUGAUGCCAGUGCUGAUUUGUUAGGAGGCAGAAAAGACAGUGCUGGUGUGAUCCCAACACCUAUGAAAGCUGCUUCAUUCUUGUCAAAAUAUAUUACUUUAUGGUGGCUCAAUAGUUUUCUUUCGCUUGGUGCCAAGCGACCUCUAGAAGCAAGUGACUUAUAUGGGCUCAUGACACCCGACCAGACAGGCACCUUGUGUGAUAAACUUCAAAAUGAAUGGGAAAAUGAAGUUCGCAGGUCACAAAAUAAUGAAAAAGUUAAGAAACCUAGCUUAGUUAAAGCCUUGGUCAAAGCUUUUGGUAAAGGAUAUGCAGCACUUGGGAUACUGGCCAUUUUUGCAGAUGGCUUGCGUAUCCUACAACCUAUGUUGCUUGGGCAGUUGAUUACCUACUUCUCUGAAGACUCUACCAUGCCAGCUAGAGAUGCAUAUCUGUUUGCUGCUGGUCUUGGUUUGUGUGGAUUUCUCAUUACAAUUUUCAACACUCCAUUCUCCUAUUUGAGAAAUGUUUAUGGAAUGAGAGUCAGGGUGGCUUGUACCUCUCUUAUUUAUAGCAAGACUUUAYGUCUUAGUAAUGCUGCACUUGCUUCAACAACAACUGGAAAUAUUGUUAAUUUGGUGUCAUCUGAUACACAGAAGUUUGACUGGACUGCACCAUUUCUACACUAUCUGAUUCUUGGUCCAUUAGAGGUUGUGGUAGUGUUGGUCUUGCUGUGGUAUCAGAUUGGCAUGGCAGCUGUAGCAGGGAUGGGCUUGCUGAUAUGUCUUGCUCCGAUGGAAAUCAAAAUGGGUACUUUGUUAAUGACACUUAGAACCAAAGCACUGAUAUGGAUGGACGAGAGAGUAAAGAUAAUGAAUGAAGUCAUCGCUGGGAUGAGAGUGAUUAAAAUGUACACUUGGGAAAACUCCUUUACUGAAUGGAUCACUAAACUAAGAAAGAACGAGCUCAAAUGGUUUCUACGAACCUCAUUGGCGAAUGGAUUAUUUGCAUCAUUUUUCUUCAGCUCUCUUGCUUUAAUCAGCUUUAUUACCUUUCUUACGUACGUGAUGUCAGGAGAGGUUCUGACUGCUUCUAAAGUAUUCACCUGUGUGUCUCUCUUCAACUCUAUUCGUGUUGUCAUGGCAAUGUACUUCCCAAUCGCCAUURCAUUGCUGAAUGAAAGCAAAGCAUCACUUAUUCGUAUGGAGGAGCUGUUGUUGCUUGAUGAGAUGCAGUCAAAAGGUCUUAUCACUUCACAGUUGAGACCAAAACKUCAAGACUGCACAGUAAAAGCUGACAAUGUGACGGCCAACUGGAACAAAAAAAUUGCAAGUCCUACACUAGAUGAUGUGUCAUUUGAAGUCAAAGCAGGCGAACUACUCGGGGUGAUUGGUCCUGUAGCAUCUGGAAAGUCUUCUCUUCUGAUGUCCAUACUGGGUGAGCUCCCAAUGAYGUCAGGCACCRUCAAUGUUAAAGGCAAGAUCGCUUACGCGUCUCAACAGGCCUGGAUCUACAACAGCUCGUUACGUCAUAACAUCAUAUUUGGUAAAGAGUAUGAGGAAGAGCGUUAUAAACAGGUCAUCAAAGUCUGCGCGUUGGAACAGGAUAUCGAACUUCUCCCUGAAGGUGACACGACAUUAGUAGGUGAAAGAGGAGUUUCUCUUAGUGGAGGACAGAGAGCAAGAAUAGGUUUGGCAAGGGCCUUAUAUUCUGAUGCAGAUAUAUACCUGCUGGAYGACCCUCUCAGUGCUGUAGAUGCUAAUGUAGGAAGACAUCUCUUUGAUAAGUGUAUUUGUGGUUAUCUCGCUGACAAGCCUCGUAUUCUUGUAACACAUCAGCUUCAAUUCUUGAAGCAAGCCAGUAAGGUCUUAGUUCUGACUGAGGGAAGAUGCGUAGGUCAAGACACUUAUCAGAACUUACUCCAAGCUGGGGUGGAUUUUAUUUCACUAACACAUAAGGAAGAAGAAGAAGUAGCCCUAGAACACAAGCACGAAGAACAUGACAAGAUCAGACAUCGGUUCGCAAGGAACAUUAGCAGACAGAAGUCAGAACAAGGUGGCGUCUGCUUAAGGAGUACCAAGCUAAUCGAAAGCAACUUGUCUGUCAUGUCUGCAGCUUCAUCUGCCUCGGUUUAUAAAGAAGACCUGUUACCAGAAGAAGAAAAGCAAGAAGGGGCUGUCAGUGCUAAGACAUAUCUUUCAUAUCUWAGAUCAUUUCAUAACCUAGGCCUGGGGAUCUUCGUUGUUUUUCUUUUUGCCGUGUGUCAGGUAGUUGCUAUGUGCUGUGAUCUAUGGCUCGCAGAAUGGACGAACGUUGAAGAAUCAUACCACGUGAUCCUUCAAGCACGGAACAGUUCUUCCAACAUGUCCAGUCCUACUCGUCCUGAUCGGGAUUACUACCUUGGUGUUUACGCAGCACUUGUGUUUGGUCUUUUUGUUCUCAGUAUAAUAUGUGUUGAACUGUUUUUCGUUAUGACUAUAGUAGCGUCUAGAAAUCUUCACUUAAAGAUGCUUGCAAGUACUAUGAGGGCGACCAUGUAUUUCUUUGAUAAUAAUUCAAUAGGUCGUAUUUUAAACAGAUUUGCUAAAGAUAUCAGUGUGGUGGAUGACAAUAUUCCAUGGCUCCUGUGUGACGUCCUAUUGACUGGAUUUACAUGCUUAGGUAUCUUGUUUCUUGUUGGUGCCACAAAUCCAGUCACGCUGGUGGUUGUCUUUCCCGUUAUUGUGAUUUUCAUCUUGGUUAGAAACUACUUCAUGAAAUCUUCACGAGAAAUCAAGAGGAUUGAGGCAAUAAGUCGCAGUCCCUUGUUCGGUCAUUUUUCCACCACUCUACUUGGGUUGGAUACUAUUCGUGCAUUUGGUGUACAAGAGACRUUCAAGGAUCAGUUCAUAUCGUUCCAGGACGCUCAUUCUCGAGCUUGGUUUACUUACAUCUCCGGUCAAGCCUGGUUGUCCUUUAGACUACAUAUUCUGUGUGUCGUAUUUCUGCUAUUCGUGGCUUUGAUUUCACCUGUUAUUAAAGAUGUUGUAGGUUUAAGUGCAGGAAUAGUGGGUUUGAMCGUCAGCUAUGCCAUCAUGCUGACUGCCACCUUUCAGCCGUUCAUCGAGGAAAGUGCUGAAGUUGAGAACCUGAUGACGUCUGUUGAGCGGAUUGUUGAGUAYUACCACCUUGAACAUGAAGCACCUCAAGAGACUGAUGUCAAGCCACCAGACAACUGGCCGAACGAGGGCCAAAUAGAGUUUAAUAACAUGUCCUUCUCUUAUCAUAAAGGAUUACCAAAAGUAUUGCAUCACAUUUCCUGCGUCAUUAAAYCAAAAGAAAAGAUUGGUGUUGUAGGUAGGACUGGUGCAGGUAAAUCAUCGCUGUUAUCCACGUUGUUUCGUUUGGCGGAACCAACGGGAGUCAUCAGGAUAGACGAUAUGAACAUCCGGGAUAUUGGACUGAAGGACCUGAGGAGAAAACUGUCAAUCAUACCACAGGAUCCUGUUCUGUUCAGUGGGACGAUGCGGAAAAACCUUGAUCCGUUCAAURAACAUUCUGAUGUCCAAAUUUGGAAUGCUCUAGAAGAGGUUCAGUUGAAGAAAGCAGUUGAAGAUCUUCCUGACAAACUUGACGAAGAGUUGGCUGAAUCUGGAUCUAACUUCAGUGUUGGYCAGCGGCAAUUGGUGUGUUUGGCACGCGCCAUCUUGAGACACAGUCGAAUUCUAGUUAUUGAUGAGGCGACUGCUAAUGUAGACCCAAAUACCGAUACGUUAAUCCAGUCUACAAUCAGAGACAAGUUCCGUAACUGUACCGUGUUGACCAUCGCUCAUCGGCUUCAUACCAUCAUGGAUUCUGACAGAGUCAUGGUUCUCGAUGCAGGUCGCCUUAAAGAAUUCGACGYCCCAUACCUCCUUCUUAAAAACCACCAAAGUAUCUUCUCAGARCUCGUAGACAACACGGGACCAACAGAAAAAAGGCGUCUGCAUGACAUCGCGAGGAAUGCCUACACUGAAACGAAAAAUGCAAUUCCAGAGAUAGGAAAUGAGACAGAUGAUGAUGACGACAGUAAGACCGCGACACAGAAUGAUGUCAUAAUCAGAGUUCCAAACAUUGGAACAUUAGAACAGACGUCAGGGACGCAUUUUCAAUCGUCUAUCAUGUAGUCCUAGUAUGAUUGAUAUAAAGUAACUAGUGCUCAUCUAGACAGGAGUACUUGGUUAAUUACCGGAUGCUUUUGACACUCAUUGCGUUCUGGUCCUACCCAGACUAGGCCCUUUUGAGUUGACUCAAUAAUGUUUUCUCAUUUCAGAGCCAUGCGUCAAUCUCUUUAGUACCAUAUCUUUAUUUAUAUGUGUAUGAGAAUAUAUAUSAAAUAUCUAUUUGUACUGCGGUUGUAAUCUUUACUGUCGGAAACGCUUGCAGGGCAAUAUUCAAUCCAAGAAUCGUUGACGAGAGGUUUGAAAAGAGMUAGCAUUAUGCCUGGGAUAAAAGGUUUUUUCCUUGUCAUUGGGUAUCUUYACUGAAGAACAUUCUGGGAACUAAACCUAAACCUAUUAUCAACUUUAAAAAAAAAAGUUUCCUUACAAUCUGGAAUCUUUCUUUAUCUUAUACGAUAUAUUGAAUUUUUAUAUAAAAAUAAAUAAAUAAUCGUUUUUUAUUACCAUUUUAAAAAAUAAUUCUUUUUUAUUUGUUGUUGUGGUUAACCGAGACGCGAGGUAAAUAUUUUUUCCAUAUUCACUGAGCCUGAGGCGAAUAAUUGUUUUAGCAUAUACCAAUUUGUGUACGAGUAACUUAUCUUUAUAUACAAUAAUUCAAUAAAAACAAACAAACAGAAA